AUGGAGGCAUACAUGAAGAAGCUAGCUACUAUCCUGGCACUUGUAAUGGGCAUAGCUCUAGUUUCUAACCCAGUGGUGGCCAAUGGUGCUGAGACAUUCUGCCACAUGACCGAUGAAGGCUUAAACGCAUGUAGACCAUCAGUGUCAGGCCAAAAUCCCGUAGCACCAUCAGCUGCUUGUUGCUCUGCUCUGUCAAAAGCCGACUUGCAAUGCCUGUGUUUUUACAAGAAUAAUUAUCCAUGGCUAUUAACUACCUACAAAAUUGAUCCCAACCAAGCCUUGCAGCUUCCAGUCAAGUGCAGCCUAGUUGAGGAGUCUUUCCAUUGCUAA